AUGAAGCUUGCUACCCUAUCCCUCCUCGCUCUCUCCGCUACAACCGCCACCGCGCGCUUCGUAGAGCAGCACGAGACCGACCAAGUCGUUAUCAACAAUGUCGAUGUCGACGAGGAGCUCUUCCUCAUCGAGCUCGCCCCAGGCAAGACACGGCUGGUGACCGAGGAGGAGAAAUGGGAGCUCAGACGAAAUGGCCAAAACUUCAUGGACAUCACUACCACCAAAUCUCUUGGCCAACAGCUCUCCACCUCCUCCUCCUCCUCCUUCCACAAGAAACACCCCAUUUUCCCCUCCAAGCCCGCCCUUCAGAAAGAACUCGCCCCCAUGCUCAAGGCUCUCGAUAAGAAGAAGAUGCAAAAGCACCUCGAGACCUUUUCCGCCUUCCACACCCGCUACUACAAGUCCGACUACGGGCGUCAAUCAUCCGAGUGGCUGCUGGCACAAGUACAAGAUACUAUUAAGGAGGCGGGCGCGGACAAGUACGGCGCAUUCGCGGAGCACUUUAAGCAUCCAUGGGGACAGAAUAGUAUUAUUGCUACUAUUCCCGGCAAGAGUAACUCCACUGUCGUGAUUGGUGCGCACCAAGACAGUAUUAACCUGUUUUUCCCCUCCCUUUUGUCGGCGCCGGGUGCCGAUGAUGAUGGGUCUGGAACCGUCACGAUCUUGGAGGCCCUGAGGGUCUUGCUGACAAGUGAGGAUAUUAUCAAGGGGAAUGGCGAGAACACAGUCGAGUUUCACUGGUACUCUGCUGAAGAAGGUGGACUGCUGGGCAGUCAAGCUAUAUUUGCCGAAUAUGAGAAGAUUGGACGGGAUGUCAAAGCAAUGCUGCAGCAGGACAUGACUGGUUUCGUCCAAGGUACGCUUGAUUCAGGCAAGCCGGAGAGCGUGGGCGUGAUAACGGAUUUCGUUGAUCCGGCCUUGACGGAGUUUAUCGAGAAAAUCGUCACCGAGUAUUGCGAAAUCCCGUACGUAGAGACCAAAUGCGGAUACGCUUGCUCCGACCACGCAUCGGCCUCUAAAGCCGGCUACCCUUCGGCUUUCGUUAUCGAGUCUGCUUUCGGCAAUUCGGACAAGCGUAUCCAUACUAGCGACGACACCAUCAAGUACCUGAGCUUUGAUCACAUGCUUCAGCAUGCUCGCUUAACCCUAGGAUUAGUCUACGAGUUGGCUUUUGCCAAGCUGUGA